AUGUCCGUGCAAACUGCUCAGAAGUGGUACCCUGCCCAGCCGGCUCCUACCCCCAAGAAGUCGCGCAAGACGGCUCGUCCCGCCAAGUUGCGUGCUUCUCUUGUUCCCGGUACCGUUCUCAUUGUUCUCGCUGGUCGUUUCCGCGGCAAGCGCGUUGUCUACCUGCGCUCUCUUGAGGACAACACUUUGCUUGUGUCUGGUCCCUUCAAGAUCAACGGUGUUCCCCUUCGCCGCGUUAACGCCCGCUACGUCAUUGCCACCUCUACCCGCGUCUCUGUCGACGGCGUAAAGGGUCUUGACAAGUUCAACGUCGCCUACUUUGCCCGCGACCGCAAGACUGAGAACAAGGUCACCGAGGAGGAGCUCUUCGGUGAUGCCACUCCCGCUAAGAAGGUCGUUGCUGCCGAGCGCAUUGCCGACCAGAAGGCUGUCGACUCCGCUUUGCUCGCCGAGAUCAAGAAGACCCCUCUGCUUAAGGAGUACCUUUCUUCUUCUUUCAGCCUCAAGAAGGGUGACCGCCCUCAUCUGCUCAAGUUCUAA